AUGGCUCCCGGACACCCAGGCAUGUCUCAUGGCCAUCCUAUGGCAGGAAUGCAACAUCCUGGUGGUCAUAUGGGAGGUCAACCCGGCGGUAUGAUGCAAGGAAUGCAUCCAGGAGUAUCAGGUCCACAGGUUACCCAAGGCCCUAUGGUGUCCGGUAUGCCGCCAGGCGCAGGAACUCCGGCGCCCGGACCUAUGCACAAUAACAUGGCAAUGGCACAUCUGGGACCGCAACAGGCCAUGUUCCCUCAGCAUAACCCGCAGAUGAACUUUGGGCCGAUGCAGAUGACCCCCCAACACCAGCAGAUGCUGGCUCGGCAACGAAUGAUGCAACAGAUGCAGGCACAGCAACAGCAGCAGGGUAUGCCAAUGGCCAUACCCACUGGACCAGGCGGUUUUAACCAAGCACAACUGGCACAGAUGAAAAUGGGGAUGCACCCUCAGAUGCAAAUGCCGAUGAACCCAAAUAACCCUCAGAUGCAAAACUACCAACAGCAACAACAUCAGCAGCGGCUAAUGCAGGCUCAGCAAGCCCAGGCUCAAGCAGCACACCAUGCCGCACAACUAGCUGCCAACCAAAGAGCAGCCGCUCAGCAAAUGUCAAUGUCUCGGUCUCAAGAACAGACAACACAACCUCCUCAAUCCCAACCAACACCGGCUCCUCAGCCACCAGCGCCACAACAAGCGCCACCAACAUCACAACCUCAACAACAGCAACCUCCACAACCCAAACCUCAACCACCUCAGCAACAAACGCCCACAACCCAGGCACAGAGCCAGCCUAAUCAACCAGCAAAGACCACAGAACCUGAAGAAGAACAACCUCAGAUUAAACAACAGCCCGAUUUGCCUGCCGCGAUGAUGAUGAACGAUCUACCGAAGCAGGACAUUCUCGGUGGCCAGUGUAUUCUACAGCUGAUCAUGUAUCAAGACACGCUGGCCAAUCCGGACCGACCUAACGACUUGGAUUACUGGGAGCAGACGAUAUCACGAUACUUUUCGCCGUUGGGCUCGAUGAGGCAACAGCUGUUCAGCAACAAGAAUGGGAUCGACAAGUCGUUCCAGCUACAAUUUCCCAGUCUUGCGCGUUACUACCAUACACACUUUGCAAGCGGGGUGAAACAAAUUCUGUUACAAUCCUUCGACCACAAUCAGAACAAACUUCCGAAUGGAGGUGUUCACAUUUGGAGUACGAAUGCAAGCUUGACUUAUGUUUUUGGUAGCGAUAUUCGAGUCUCUACGACGGGACAAUUGCGAGUGAUAUUUGACGAGUUUCAAAAAAUCGAGCAUUUCAACAUUAGUACAUCUGGUUGGCAAGAAUACAUUCCUCGAAGUUCUCUCACGCAGCCGGCGUCGCCAGAAGAAACCAAAAGCAGUCCCAAGAUCAACAAGAAUCUCAAACGAGCCCAAGGGAAGGCUAACGCUCCAGCUCAGCUGAUAAUUCCGAGUUCAGGGGUGGGUGAAUGGGGUGUGCCAAGUCACAUCUUUCAGUUCCUAGAGAUCGCUGAAGUUAUGACAGCAAUGGGACCCCUCAUGGAAUACUUCCACAGCCAUCCGGGGAUCGGCCCGAGAGAUUCGUUAUUACGAGUGACCCAAGAGAAUGCACAGAACAUGGCUCAGAUGAACAAUGCACGACUACAAAAUCAAAUGGCGAGAGCGGCCAAUGGCCAAGUGCCCUUCGGUAAUCAAAUGAAUGGCCCGACCAUGAUGAACUCACCAGCAAUGAGUCAUCUUGGAAUACCACAAGCUCAAGGCUCUCCCAUGAUGGGAGGUCCUGUACAUACACCUAGUCCGGCACAGAAUGCAGCGACCGGAGGGGUUGCGAUGAUGCAUCAAAUGAGCGCUCAGGGAUCGAAUCUGAGCGGCAGUCAAGGCCCAAGCACCAAUACCAGCCCGAAUGUUUCCAACAAAAGGAGACGAGCGAGUGCGGUGAAGGUCGAGGAUGAUAAUGCCGGGCAAGAACAAAGCGGAGCCAACAAGGUGAAGCCAAGUCCUAAAAUCGGCGGGAAGAGGCAGAAGGCAGGGUGA